AUGGCUUCAGAAGAAAGUCCUUUGCUGGUGCCCGCCGCCCAUGAAGCUAUUUAUGACAGAUUCGCGCCACAUCAAAAGAAGUGGAUUCUGUUUCAUGUGUCCUUUGUGGGUUUGUUGGCUAUGUUCGUGCAAGUGACGUUCGUGCCUUCGAUGCCUCGGAUAGCUAAAGACCUCGACUUAACGGAUGCUGUCGUCAGCUUGGCUUUUAGCAUAUCGAUCUUUGCUAAUGCCAUUGGGGCGUUGAUUUGGUCUGCUUAUUCGUCUUUUUACGGUUCCCGAACAAUAUACCUGUGGGGAAUGCCGUUUCUAUGCGUUGGGAGUUGUGGAGUUGCGCUGUCGGCUUCGUUGCAGAGUCUGCUAUUCUGGAGAUUCGUGCAGAUGUUUGGAUGCGCUGGGGCGUUGUCGUUGGGUUUUGGCGUAAUUGGUCACAUUUAUAAAUUGGAGGAGAGGGGGACUGCUAUCGGGACAUUCUUUAGUAUCACACUUAUCGGAGACUCUGUUGCCCCGUUUCUUGGAGGUGCGGCGACACAGUAUUGGUCAUGGCGCAAUUUGCAUUAUUCCAUUGCUGCAUGGGGAUCACUCGAGAUGCUUUUCAUAUACCUUUCAUUUCCUGAGACGAGCCAUCCCGGCACAUUGGGCAUCGAUAAACUGUCCUCCAGGGGAUCGAUCCAUAUCCCAUGGAUCAAUCCUCUCAGUAGUCUUUGGCUGCUUCGCAGUCCGAAUGUAUCUGCGGUUAUGCUUGUGUCGACUUUAAUAACCAACACUAACUAUGUUCUCCUCGUACCGCUAGCGUAUACUAUUGGCGUCCGGUAUGGAAUCACGAACGAGGCCAUCAUCGGCGCGUUUUUCCUCCCAAACGGACUGGGAAGCUUCGUCGGAGCUUUGAUCGCCGGCCGCUUGUCAGACACUGUAGUAAAAAGAUGGCGGGAGAAGCGCAGAGGAGCGUGGUGUCCCGAAGACCGCUUGAGAGCAGCGUGGAUCGGGGGGCUCAUCGUCCCAUUGUCUAUCGGGGCGUCAGGGCUGAUUACGACGUAUAUUGGGGGCCCGAUCGGCCUCACGCUGAAUAUAUUAUGCCUCUAUGCGAAUGGAUUGGGUGUCGACUUAGUGUUGAAUCCCAUUACCGCUUAUAACGUGGACGUAAUGCAUUCUCGAAGCGCAGAGGCCACAGCUGCGUGCAUGGCGAGUCGGUCGCUCAUUACGUCUGCUGCCACUGCUCUUAUUAUUCCAUCGAUUGAGCGCAUGGGUGUUGCGUGGACGGACAUCAUCGCGGCUGUCCUUGCGAUCAUUGGACAAUGCAUCGUUUCCUUCACAAUUCGUUAUGGCGAUCGCAUGAGGGCGAGCGUAGAUGUUGGUUUCUCGACAGUGGAGAAUAACUGA